AUGGCUGCUAACUUUCCAACCGCAGUAGUUGUUGCCAUAGGCAUUUUGACACUGUUAUACAUCAGCACGAGGCGUGUAAGAAAGGCUAGCAAAGACGUCAAAUCUCGACCCCUCCUCAAACUUCCCCUCAUCGGAGACCUGCAUCGCUCCCCCAUAGAAAAGCCACUACUUGAAUGGGACUCAUGGGCGAAAGAAAAUGGUCCGAUUGCGGUUCCCAAGCUAUUUGGUAUAAUUCCCAUUGUUGUUCUCAACUCGUUCGAGGCCGUGACGGAAUUGUUCAGUCGUCGCAGCCAGUGGUAUAGUAACCGCCCAGCUUCGGUGAGCAUGGAGAUGAUUACAGGGGCAUCACCAGGACAGUCAAAAUUCACUUUGAUGCAUGACUACGAUGAUCACCUCAAAUUACACCACCGCGUCCUCGCGCCUAGUCUCGGUGCCCCUGCUGCCCCAAAUUACCAGCCAUUGAUUGAACUGGAAUCAAAGCAGCUGUUGUUUGACAUUUGCAAUCAUUUAUCAGAAGGCACUAGCUUGACCAGUACAGACAAGAUAUACCCGAUGUUAGAGCGAGCGCAGUCCAGCAUUAUCCUAGCGCUUCAUUAUGGCCUUCGGAUCCCACGCUUCGAGGAGGACAUUCUCCAUGAAGUGAUCGAUAUUCAGUCCAAGGUGACCCAUCUGGCUGCCAAUCCUGCCCUGCCGGAUAUUAUCCCGCCUCUACGACUCUUACCGACUUUCUUGUCUCCCUGGAAACGUGCCGCAGACGAGCUAUAUUCCACCCAGGUUGAUUUAUACAUGCGCUUGUUUCGCCAUGGCAGAGAUGCUGAUGGCUGGAAUGCCACUAAACAGGCUAUCUUGACGGCGGAAAAGCACGCACCCAGUGGCAUCCCGGAUCUUGAUCUUGCUUUCACUCUUGCAACUUCGAUUCAAGGCGGGAUGGAGACAUCACCACGUCAAAUAUUAUGGCUAUUCAUUGCAGCACUGCACCAGCCCUUGUUUAUGGCUAAAGCCCAUGAUAUUCUCGACAAAGUUGUCGGCCGCAACCGUUUGCCUGGGUUUUCCGACCGCUCAAAUCUUGCUUACAUUGAUGCUGUUGCCCACGAGUUGUUUCGCUGGCGUCCUAUCUCACCGGGAUCCAUUCCUCGUAGGGCAGAUCGUGAUGAUGAAUUUCAAGGCGUGAAAAUAAAGAAAGACGUCACGAUUAUGGCCAAUGCAUGGGCUAUCGGUCGUGACGAACAGGUAUUUGAUCCCGAGCUUGGAGAUACUCAGGAAUUUAUCCCGGAGCGAUGGCUUCUAGAAGAUGGCAAUGGGACAGCACGGCUGCGAGCAGAUCUCCCAUUGCCUGUAUUUGGUCAGGGUAGACGUAUGUGCCAAGGCAAAAGGGUUGCCACGGAUGGGACCUUUCUGCAAAUUGCUUCUCUUCUUUGGGCAUUUGAUAUCGAGCCAGUUGAGGGAGAAGAAGUUGAUCCAUGGGCGAUGGUCGUGGCGGGGUUCAUGACAAUGCCGAGAGAACUGGAAUUCAAACUCAAACCGAGAGGCGACUGGGUGGUGGACACUAUCAAAAAGGAAUGGGCUGCCGCAGAGAAAGGUAUUGGAAAGGUCAUGAGUGUCAAGCGAGAUGUCGAAAAUUGA